GAUGUCUGAACCAACCUAGUAGAUUAUUUAAUGAGACAUUUAGGUGGCAAUUAGUAUAAAAGGUCCUAAUAUUUGGAAUUCUGACGUCGCUCAUCAGUUCAUUUGGAAGAGCUGAUUACAAUCUACCUCUCUUUAUAUUUGCUGCAUUUUUAUGGGAGUUUUAGAAAGUGCAAAUUAUUCUAUCAUAACAUAGUUCCAUACUAGAAUUAUUUAUCUAUUGUUGUUCUCUUUCAUAAUUGAUUUUGUCUAUGCUGUAUACUGGCACAAUUCUUGGAGUAGAUUCAAAAUUUUAGAAACUAAAAUAGAUUCCCUUUUGCAUUCCACUAUCAUGAUAACAGCAAUGAUUAAUAUGAUAGUCAAAGUACAUUAAUAAUAUUCAAGAAUUAAUAGAUAAUAGUAAUCCUUCUUUCAGCUGGUAAUAACAAUGAAGUCAAACGUAAUUUGUUUCCAGGUGCGAUUAAAGACAAUGUAAUAAACUUUAUUACUUUCAAAAACACAGGUGAUGAUUGAUU